AUGCCUGGAAGAAAAGUCAGAAAGAGCACUGGUAUCGUCAAACAACGCCGUAAUGAAGACGUCGGGCUAGCGGAGGAGCUAGCUGGCGCGGAGGAGCUAACUGGUUCAGAGGAGGAAUUAGCGGAGGAGCUAACAUCAGAUACGGUGCGGGUUGGACAGAAAAUUUCAGACUUGGAUACAGUCCUGCGUGAGAUAAGAGAAUUCAGACGGGAAACGGUGGAGAGCCUGAACGCCAUCAGGGAAGAUAUUAGGAAAGCAAACUGUAGGAUUGAUGAGACUGAGAAACGGAUUGGGGAUACGGAGGAGCGUAUCCAGUAUAUGGAGGAGGCGACAUGUGAGCUCAUUCAAUUUUGCAAGAAGCUGAAAGAGAAACAAGUAGACCAGGAAGGAAGAGCCAGAAGAGACAACGUUCGAUUACAUGGGAUUAAAGAGGGAGCAGAAAAGGAUGCCGAGUCUGUGAGUGCAUUUGUGGAAACUACUCAAAGAAAAGUUAGAGCUGCCAGUAGCAUACGAACUCGGAGUGGAACGCGCACACAGAUCACUAGGCCCUCGCCCAGCGGAUGGUGUACCGCCGAGAUCCAUAAUAGCAAAGCUUUCAAGCUACAAAUGUAA